AUGCUCCCGGCUCAGGAGGCGGCCAAGAUCUACCACACCAACUACGUGCGGAACUCGCGAGCCAUCGGCGUGCUCUGGGCCAUCUUCACCAUCUGCUUUGCCAUCGUCAACGUGGUGUGCUUCAUCCAGCCCUACUGGAUCGGGGACGGCGUGGACACCCCGCAGGCGGGCUACUUCGGGCUCUUCCACUACUGCAUCGGCAACGGCUUCAGCCGGGAACUCACCUGCCGGGGCAGCUUCACGGACUUCUCCAGCCUGCCCUCGGGAGCCUUCAAAGCUGCCUCCUUCUUCAUCGGGCUCUCGAUGAUGCUCAUCAUCGCCUGCAUCGUCUGCUUCAUCCUCUUCUUCUUCUGCAACACGGCCACCGUCUACAAGAUCUGCGCCUGGAUGCAGCUCACCUCGGCUGCCUGUCUCGUCCUGGGUUGUAUGAUUUUUCCUGAUGGCUGGGAUUCAGAUGAGGUAAAACGGAUGUGUGGUGAAAAGACAGACAAGUACACGCUGGGGGCUUGUUCAGUCCGCUGGGCUUAUAUCCUGGCUAUUAUUGGAAUCUUGGAUGCCCUGAUCCUCUCAUUUCUGGCAUUUGUGCUUGGCAACAGACAAGACAGCUUGCUAGCAGAGGAGCUCAAGUUGGAAAACAAAGAUGAUGGAAAUGCUUAAAACAAGUUAAGGUAGUGUGACACAGACUAAUCCUUAAUGGCAAUCAUGCUAGCACCGUGAGACCUGAAGUGCUCCUCUUCUUAAUCACAGCACUUUUAGAAGAAAAUGAUCCUCUGAAAGACUAGAAACAGAAA